UUCUGCGUUUUAAAAGAGCAAUUGUUUUUGUUUCCAAGUUGCCACAGGCCCACAGGCACUAAAAAAAAACGCAUUUUCAUCUCAGCCGCACGUUCUCAUCACCAUUCUAAAAAAGCGUGCCCACUUCUCUCCCCCUCACCCUCUGAUCUUAUCUCCCUGUUUCUCUUUGGGUAUUCGUUUUCUUCGGAAACAAAAACAGAACGAAGGGUUUGUGACUUUGUUCUUUCGAAACUAGCGCCACAAAAAAAAAAAAAAAUCGGAAUUUAUUAGAACAAGUUACGUUAAACGGUUAAGAAGCCAAACGUUCGGGAAAAUAUGGACUCGGCGAUGACAGCUCCCGAUACAGCUCAACGUCGCAUUAAAGCUAUUCACAGCCACCUCAUCACCGCCGCUGCCCAUGAUGAUUCUCCGCCCCAACUCCGUCACAAUCCCACCGCUGGAGAGUUCUUCUCUGAGCAGGGGUACAGCGUUGUGCUUCCAGAGAAAUUGCAAACAGGAAAGUGGAAUGUGUACAGGUCUGCUCGCACCCCUUUAAAGCUCGUGAGUAGAUUUCCUGAUCAUCCUGAAAUUGGUACAUUGCAUGAUAAUUUUGCGCGCUCGGUUGAAACUUUCCGGGACUACAAAUAUCUGGGCACGCGAAUUCGUGUUGAUGGAACAGUUGGAGACUACAAAUGGAUGACGUUCGGAGAAGCAGGUACUGCACGAACUGAGAUAGGUUCUGGCUUAAUAUACCAUGGAAUACCUAAGGGAUCUACUAUUGGAAUAUAUUUUAUCAACAGGCCAGAAUGGAUGAUUGUUGACCAUGCGUGCUCUGCAUACUCUUACAUAUCCGUACCUUUAUAUGACACACUCGGUCCUGAUGCUGUCAAGUAUAUUGUAAAUCAUGCUGUUGUACAUGCUAUAUUUUGUGUGCCUCAAACAUUGAAUAUGUUAUUGAGUUUCUUGUCUGAGAUUCCAUCUGCACGUCUAAUUGUGGUGGUUGGAGGAAUAGAUGAUCAAAUGCCAUCUCUUCCAUCGUCAACUGGAGUUCAGGUUGUGACAUAUUCAAAACUGCUGAGUCAGGGUCGCAGUAGCCUGCAGCCCUUUCACCCGCCAAAGCCUGAGGAUAUUGCUACCAUUUGCUACACAAGUGGUACAACUGGAACACCAAAGGGAGUUGUAUUGACCCAUGGAAACUUUAUUGCAAGCGUUGCUGGGAUCUCGCUUUCUACUUCAUACAGCACAUCAGAUAUUUUCAUUUCAUAUUUGCCUUUGGCGCACAUUUAUGAACGGGUAAACCAGGUCAUGACGGUUUAUUGUGGAGUUGCUGUUGGAUUCUAUCAGGGGGAUAAUAUGAAACUAAUGGAUGAUAUGGCUGCUCUACGACCCACUAUAUUCUGCAGUGUUCCUCGGCUCUACAAUAGAAUAUAUGCAGGUAUUAUGAAUGCUGUAAAGGCAUCUGGUGGGUUAAGGGAGAGGUUAUUCAAUGCUGCUUAUAAUGCUAAGAAGCAAGCACUACUGAAUGGCAAGAAUCCAUCUCCAAUGUGGGACAGGCUGGUGUUCAAUAAGAUUAAGGAUAGACUUGGAGGGCGAGUUCGUUUAAUUGUGUCAGGUGCUUCACCGCUGUCUCCUGAUGUGUUGGAGUUUUUGAGGAUCUGUUUUGGUGGGCGGAUAAUUGAAGGGUAUGGAAUGACUGAGACGACUUCUCCUAUAUCUUCCAUGGAUGAGGGUGACAGCCUCAAUGGUCAUGUUGGUUCUCCUAGUCCAUCUUGUGUAAAGCUUGUGGAUGUUCCAGAAAUGAACUACACAUCUGAUGAUAAGCCAUAUCCUCGUGGUGAAAUCUGUAUAAGGGGUCCAAUUGUUUUCCAAGGCUAUUACAAAGAUGAAGAACAGACGAGAGAAGUAAUCAAUGAAGAUGGAUGGUUUCAUUCUGGGGAUAUAGGAUUAUGGCUACCUGGAGGCCGUCUAAAGAUUAUUGAUAGAAAGAAGAACAUUUUUAAGCUGGCACAAGGAGAGUACAUAGCUCCGGAGAAAAUUGAGAAUGUUUAUGCUAAAUGCAAGUUUAUUGCCCAGUGCUUUGUCUAUGGGGACAGCCUAAAUUCUUCUUUGGUAGCUGUUGUUUCAGUAGACCAUGAUGUGUUGAAAGCAUGGGCUGCUUCUGAAGGCAAUAAGUAUGAAAAUUUAGCACAACUGUGCAAUGAUCCUAGAGUUAGGGCUGCUAUACUUGCAGACAUGGAUGCUGUCGGAAGGGAAGCUCAGCUGCGAGGUUUUGAAUUUGUAAAAGCUGUGACACUGGUGCUAGAACAAUUUACAGUGGAAAAUGAUCUUCUGACCCCAACAUUUAAGAUUAAGAGACCUCAGGCAAAGGCAUACUACGAGAAAGCAAUAUCAAAUAUGUAUGCAGAACUGGCUGCAUCUGAUCCCUCUUCUAAGAAGGUGCUGUGAAGAAAAUUACAGAGAAAGAACAGUAAAAUAGAGACGUGGCCAAGCUCUUCAUAGCAGCCUUCACUUGACAAUAUGAUUUCUGGACGUGACAGAGAAAAAAGGCCUAAAGUAAUCCUCCCCGGCAAAGAAUUCUGCAUGUCAAUGCCUGUUUGUGUUUUUCUUUUGUUGCCUUGAAUAAGGUUAUAUAGAAAUUUGAUUGUUUUGUUUGUAUCACAGCUCAUUGAGUUUCUUACAAAAAAAUAAUAUAAAAUUUUGCAUCGUUAUAUGAUCA